AUGGGCCCCUGUACCGCCUCCUCAUGCUGCUGCCAGGCCCGUAAUCUGCCAUGGGCCCCCGUACCGACUCCUCAUGCUGCUGCCAGGCCCGUAAUCUGUCAUGGGCCCCUGUACCGCCUCCUCAUGCUGCUGCCAGGUCCAGAGUGUGUCAUGGGUCCCUGUACGGCCUCCCAUUGCUGCUGUCUCCAUCGCCACACUCUGCCAUGUGCCACUUUCAGGUCUCCUCACACUGCUGGUGGGUUCCAUUUUUUCAUAGGGUGCUGUAUGGCCUCCCAUUGCUGCUGCCUCCACCGCCACACUGUGGCUCCACACUCUGGUUGUGGCCCCGUGACUGCCCAAAUGAGUGAAGUGUGCGGUGAUUCUAAGAUCGACGGCACUCAUCUGCAUGUCAUACUGACUGACAGUAUUAUUUCUCUUCCCCAGCAGACUCCAAGGGCAUUUAAAUUAAAGGUACAGUGUUCUGCACUAAUAUAA